AUGACCGAGGAACUACAGACACAACAACCGCCCCAACCAUCCACGAUGCAACCGCAGACUAAGCCGCGGCUUGGCCCACAAGACUACCGCAACUCGGAGCUGGUGACGAAGCUGAUGGCUGCAAACCCACCUUAUUUGUAUUCCCCCGCUGUGGGGCCACACAAUUUUUUCUUCAGUGAAAUGCUUCGGUCGCUGGUAGCAAAUAAGCGCAACGAAAGUCUACGCAAUGCUACCGAGCAGCUACAUCAUCAGCAGCAACAGCAACAACAGCAGCAGAUGGCUCAGCAUCCGAGCCAUCUUACAAACCAGCUAGCGCUGCAGGCAGCAUCAACCCGGCGUCCUCGCAAGCGGUCCUGGAGUCAACAUCGCUACUAUCCGGAGGCUCUCAAGGAGGGCAAAGACAUCGAAGACAGACGGCCAACGCAGCCCGAAAAGCCUCUCGAGCUGACCAACAAGCUGUCCGCGUUCAGCCGUAACAUUCCAUCCUCGGGAUGCACGUCGUCUUCGGCGCAAAAGUAUGCUGACGUUGUCGAUCUUCCGGAGGGAUUCAAACCACCCGCUUUGCACGAGAGAAAAAUGGACGAGCCAAAGGUACCGACGGCUAACGGGGAGUCGGGAAAAUCGCCCAUUAACAAUCCAACGAUCAUCCAGGAGCCACCAACGGGUUCGAUGCCUCCAUCGGACCUUAUUUUGCCUCCGCCUCCUCCCGUGUGGUAUCCUCCGCUGUAUCCACCGUACGGGAUCGAUCCGUUGCACUUUUUCAUCGAUCUGCGUGUAUCGGGUCACAUUUACGAUCGCAAGAAGGACUCGAAUUCCCCGGGCUCGGACGAAUCGGUGCUCUCGGUGAAGCGUGAGCAUUCGAAGCUUAUUGGAACGAGCGGUGAUAGACAGGGGUCGGCUUUUAGCGUUCCCAAACCCAGAGACUCGACUGUUGGCCACAAAACCACCCCGACGGGUGCGGCCAUGAAUCUUGCCGCGCCACCAGAGGACGCAGAAGGUGCCUCUGUAGAUGGCAACGAAAUGCGGGAGUCAGGAGAACAACAGUCGGUGGGAGUGGGAUCGUUGUUUUUGGGUGACGUUGGUGAUCACAAAUCGAUGGACGCGAUCAAAAACACGAACUACGUGCUCCAAAAUCUACCGCGGAUUUACGAGGAUCUGAAUGGCAAUCAUAAGAUAGCAGAUAGAUGUUUGACCGACGACGAAGCGAACGGUAACAUGAGCGACGAGCAGGAGCAGGACAGCAAAUCCGUAGGAUCAGUGGAUGAUUUAACGGGAGAUGAGAAUAAAUAUAAGGACAUAGAUUUGAAUGUGAUUUCUGACGAGGAGUCGAUUGCUGUUGACGAAAAUUGAACGUGUUUAUGCAAGCUGAUCAGCUGUACGCAGCUGAUAACGUAAUACUCGGAUUGGUGUGCGUUUUUUUCCAUUUGAAAAUGUUUACUUCUCGUUGUAUCAUA